AGAAAGUGAGAAACAGGGGAAAUCCAAAAAAGCGUAAAAAUGGCUCUCUGAUUUUAUCCGCCUUUCCCUCCAUUUCCUCAUCCUUUCUCCUUCUUCUUAAUGGAAACCAUCUUCUCUCCCUCCUCCACUCCACUUCUCAAUCCCAAACCCCUUCUCUUCAAGUCCCCCUCUCAACAGCUCCAAGCUUCUUUAACACCCACCAAGUCCAUCACUUCAGGCCUUAGAAAGACAUCUUCUCCACCUCCCACCCAAAAGAGCUGGAUCUCCCACCUCCACCAUGGACUGGCCGCCGCUGCCCUCUCGCUGGCCAUCAACUUCUGCCCAGUUCCAUCCCUUGACUCCCCGGCGAUUGCGUCAGAGUUUGACGUGCUCAAUGACGGCCCACCGACAGAAUCAUAUGUUGUUGAUGAUGCGGGUGUACUAAGCCGAGUCACCAAAUCUGAUCUGAAGCAGCUCCUAUCCGAUUUGGAGUCGAGGAAGAAUCUACAAAUCAAUUUCAUCACACUUCGCAAGCUUACAAGCAAAGCAGAUGCUUUUGAGUAUGCUGAUCAGGUGUUGGAGAAAUGGUACCCCACAAUUGAAGAAGGUAAUAACAAGGGAAUAGUUAUCCUGGUUACCAGUCAAAAAGAAGGAGCAAUCACAGGUGGACCUGCAUUCAUCCAAGCUGUUGGAGAUACUAUUCUUGAUGCUACUGUAUCUGAAAACCUUCCAGUGCUGGCUACAGAGGAGAAGUACAAUGAAGCUAUGCUUAGUACUGCCAAACGCCUAGUUGCUGCUGUUGAUGGGUUGCCAGAUCCUGGAGGACCGAAGUUCCAAGAAAACAAGCGUGAAUCCAACUUCAAGACCAGGGAAGAGACUGAAGAGAAACGGGGACAAUUUAGCCUUGUAGUUGGAGGCUUACUAGUGAUUGCUUUUGUGGUUCCCAUGGCACAAUACUAUGCCUAUGUCUCGAAGAAGUAGGUUGUAUGUGUACAGCAAUCAGUGUUGAAAUUCUAAUUUGAAGAUAUUAUCCAUUAGAAUAUAUGUAAUCACACAGAAUCCUGAAUCAUAUUUAUAUGUGCUCUAUUCCUUUUAGGGUUUGCAUGCA